UCACAUUACAUCUACCAGAAAUGGAGUCCUCAAAGAAGCUUAUGGCUUUUUUCUUGAUUUCAAUGUUCUUGGUUUCUUCUGCCAAUCCGGUUGAUCUUGAUUGUCAUUGUGGCAAGCCAACACCCACCCCAAAACCACCGGUCGUCAAACCACCCGUUGUAAAACCACCUGUUGUAAAACCACCGGUCGUCAAACCACCCGUUGUAAAACCACCGGUUGUCAAACCACCUGUUGUAAAACCACCGGUCAUCAAACCACCUGUUGUAAAACCACCCGUUGUGAAACCACCAGUCACUCUCCCACCCGUCGUAAAACCACCAGUCACCCUCCCACCUGUCGUAAAACCACCAGUCACCCUUCCACCUGUCACUCUCCCACCCGUUGUAAAACCACCCAUCACCCUUCCACCUGUCCCUCUCCCACCCGUCGUAAAACCACCCGUCACCCUUCCACCAGUCACCCUCCCACCCGUUGUCACCCCACCAAUUGUCACACCACCAACCGCGAAACCCUGCCCACCACCAAUGUCUACACCAGCUCCACCAGCAACAUGCCCAAUUGACACCCUAAAGCUGGGAGCUUGUGUCGACCUUCUAGGAGGGUUAGUCCACAUUGGGUUGGGUGACCCUGCGGUUAACAAAUGCUGUCCAAUUAUAGCCGGAUUAGCUGAACUAGAAGCUGCAGUUUGUUUGUGCACAACCCUAAAACUUAAGGCUUUGAACCUCAAUAUUUAUGUUCCAAUCGCUCUAGAGCUGCUAGUUACGUGUGGCAAGACUCCUCCUCCUGGGUACACGUGCUCCCUCUAAAUGAAAGAAGGUUCCUACCCAGGCUAACUAGUUGAUGGAAGCAUCGAUGGAGUCUUCAUGAGAGGAUGUCAAUUGUUAAUUUGGAGUUUCUUAUGGAACUUACCCCAUAAUUUGUUACAGCAUUUACUUCUUCUUAAAAUGAUUUUUGUUUUGCAUGUUUCAUUGUUCACUUAGUUUCCGAAGGGAGCAUCAUUAAUUCAAUGAAUGAAAAAGGUUGCUUUCUUAAUA